GCCUCAGACGGUCCGAUGAGGUUCUGGAGUCCAGCAGAACCUCUCUGCGCCAUGGAGGCUCAUCAGAACCGUCUGCAGCAGCUCGCGGAAAAGAGGAAGUGGCAGACGGAGAUGGAGAACAAGCGGCGCCAGCUGGAGGAUGAACGCAGAGCUCUGCAGCACCUGAAGUCGAAAGUUCUGAGGGAGCGCUGGCUGCUGGAAGGACCCACUGGUCCGGACCAGAACCAGAACCGGGACCCGGACCAGGUCCGGAGUCAGCUGGAGGAGGACGAGGCCAGAAGCAGAACCUUGGAAGAGUCCAUCAGGAGGUUGGAGCAGGAAGUCUCCAGUCUGGAAACUGGACCUGUCUCUCAGACCAUAACACACUCUGUUGUGAUGUCAACACCUGAUCCAGCUGUUGAGGUCAAAGGUCACAGCAGAAUGGAGCUGGGCGGAGCUAAGCCGUCAGGUCAGGUGAUCCAAGACCCUGCAGAGGUCAAAGUUCACAAAAGUCUUAAAGUCAGUAAAUCAAGAGAAGCCCGGGGUGAGAUGAAGAAAGCCAUGUACUCAGUGGAGAUUAAAGUGGAGCGGGACAGAGUGACGGGGGAAACCAGAGUUCUUUCCACUAACACCAAACUUCCUGUUGACCUCUCCGAUCAAGGGGUCAAAGUUUAUGAAGAUGAACAGAAAGUGGUCCAUGAGAUGAACGGGGACGACGCUCACCUGCUCAGCUCCGUUGAGGUGGAGGAGCUCAUCCACAAAGCUGACGAGGCCUCGGUGAUGUCACAUCCCGUCACCACGGCAGCCUCCCUGCCAACAGGAGAAGUCCUGAGGGAGUUGGACUUUCCGCCAGAACCAGAACCAGGGUCCACACGGACCCCCAGUCACGCCCCGGCCGUCGCCGCAGAGAUCACAGGGCUGGAGGCGGUGGCCGGCGAGGAGCUGGACGUGGCUGAGGCCAGCGCUGAGAACCCGGUUACCAUGGUGUUCAUGGGAUACCAGGAUGUGGAGGACGAGGACGAGACCAGGAAGGUUCUGGGGCUGCAGGGCACGGUGAAGGCGGAGCUGGUGCUCAUCGAUGACGGAGAUGGAAAGGUAGAUCCACCUGCCUGUGCUGCCCCGCCUUCUGCUGCCCCGCCUUCUGCUGCCCCGCCUUCUGCUGCCCCGCCCACACCGACCAAAGCUCCAGAAACGGUGAUGGCGAGCAACGGGGAGGCGGCGGCGGAGGGAAGGGUGGCAGCAGGGAAGAAGAAGCAGCCGUGUAAAUGCUGCAGCAUCAUGUGA